CAUUAUGGGGCUCGUAAAGAGCCCGCUGUUGCUGGACCACCUCAAUCACAAACGGUUCCACUGAAUCAACAGCACCAUAGCAACAACACUUCCAGUACCAAUAGUAGUAACAAUAAUAGCAACAAUAGCAACACCACCAACAGCAGUAGCAACGUUGGCAGUAAUAAUGGCAGUGGUGCCUCCACGAACGCUAACACGUCCGGCCUCGGUAUGGAUGCGAUGGGUUCGUUUCAGACACCGUUUGGCAACAACCUUGGAAAUCUUUUACAACAGCAACAAACCCAGCAACAGCAGCAACAACAGCACCUUCUCCAGCAGCAGCAGCAACAACAUCAUAAUCAGCAGCAACACCACCUGCAACAGCAGCAAAGCCACCACCAGCAAACCUCCAUGAUGAGCAACGCAGCAUUAAUGCAACAUCAGCAGCAGCAGCAGCAACAACAGCAACAGCAUCUUCACCAUCAUCAGCAGCAACAGCAGCAACAACAACAACAGCAUCAUCAGCUCCAGCAACAACAGCUACAGCAGCAGCAACAUCAACACCAGCAACAAACGCUCGGUUCCGGUGGUGGACAUCAUCACAGCCUAACGGCAGCUCAAAGUGCCGCCAUGAUGUCGCAGCGCAACCCGUUCGGAUUUGAUUUUAACCACUUCCAAAGCAACUAUUAAAAAAUGGAACUCAGCACGCGCCAUAUUCGUUCAUAAUGGGGAAAGCGCAAGAGCGUAACGCUUUCCGAAAGCGGCUCACGAUAUAUCCCCGUACGUGUUCUUCACAUCAGUGUCCAGAUGUGUCACCUCCAGAACUCCCUGCCUUGUCCAACAAAAAAAAACAAACUCGCACGAUGGAAUUGGAAGCGUUUGUGGAGAGCAGCAGGCGCUGAGAACGCCAAGAGGACACCAUGUAAACAAAACGAAACUUAAUUGAUGAUGGUGCAUUAAUUGCUACGCGAUCGUGGUUUUCUUUUUUCGAAAAAAUCGUUUUGUUGUUCUGGCUAGUAAGGGCCAGGAGGAGCGAGUUGAAUGUGGGUGUCGGAAGAGCGAACGCUAGAAACGGCAAUGAUCAUACGAAGCUGAUGCUGUGUUUGCUGAUGUGCACUUUGUUCGUACUCACUGAAUGAUGUGAAACAAUACCAAAACGAAACGGCAACAAACAAAGUAUACCAACAUACAAACAAUCAGUAGUCAAAAGUGGAAAGGAAAAAAUCAAAAUUAGGAAAAAAUGUAAAAAAAAACACAAACACAUAUGUUAAAAGUUUUACACACUUUGACACACUUUAAAGCAAGACGGACAAGACUCAUGUAUGGAAAAGUCCAAACCCCCUAUUUUAUUUGUGCAUAUGUACAUACGGUGUCGUGGUAUAUAAAUGGUCAGUUCUAUUUAGCACGAACUCGCUCAUUACGCAGAAAGUAUGCUAUCGAAUCGGUCGAUAAGAGUGGAAACAGUGGAAAUGAAGUUUGGAAAGAAAAACGUAAACCUAAAUUAAACACCGAAUGCGACCGAAGUUAGUAGUAUACCUCGCGCAUUCUAUAGCACCAUUACCAUAUUGUAAUUAUUGAAGAACACGUAAAGUAAAUUCGAAAGUAAUUGAAAGUGGAGCUUUUGCAACAGUGCUGCUCCUCACAAAUAAAACCAAUAAAAAGAAACUAUGUUAGAUGAAAAAUUUUAGGUCAAAUUUACAUGUGAAACACCCACAUUCGGAACGCAGUGCGAAAUAAUAGUAGUUACAAGGAGGGUUAAUUAUAAAUGCAAAACAAACAAGAAAACAAAUGGAAAUAGAAACGAAAACCACAUACACACUAUACUGUACUACGAUUUUGUCAAAGACAGAGGAAGUAAGAGUAAUAGUUUACAAUGAGCGAACGGAAAUAGAGAAGGAGCAAACAUUCUUAGAUGUUUUAGUAAGAGCACGAAACAAAACAAUGAUGCUGCAAUCAGCAGCUGCCAAAAAAGAAGAAAAGCAGAAAAAACAAAACAGAAACGGUACCAGGGUGUACUUAUCAAAAAAAGAAUGUGCGCAACACAAAACAACAGAAAACAGAUAGACCAAAUAGUAAUGUAAAUAAUCGUCGCGUAAAAAUCAUCAGGCCUUUUCUCCGUAUCAUUCACGUAACACUGGUAAAGUGCGAUCGUGGUGGAAAUGUGGUUAUCUUACCCUAUGUUAUGUUAUAGUAUGCUUUCUCCGUUCGAUUGUCGUCCCUUUCUGUUAGUUCUUGGUAGCGUGUUAGUUUCAUUUCACACACCCGGGUACAAUAAUAUACUACAACUAGCGAUAAAGAAAAUCGCUGAUUUCCCUAGUACACGCGAUUGGGAGGAAUUAUACGCUUCAUUUAUCGACGCAAUUUCGCGUGCGAUUAGAUUUCCAAUAAUUUUCCUACCCUUGUAAGCUUGUUAUACCUUUUUCUUAGACUGAAACGUGUUGGGCCAUUGAGCGUGGAGAGAAUGACCGGGAGAAGAUAGGGUAAAACAAGACCACGUACAGUGAAAGAGAAGGGAAAUGGUAGGUGGUAUGAUAAUUAUUCGUAAUGCAUUCUGAAAGGACGAACCGCGCGCAAGAUGCAGAUCGGGCGUCGGGGUCAGGGGCGAAAGAUUAAAUCUAAAACUGUUUCUAGUGAAAUUAGCCGUAGUUAAAGUGAAAUUUUAAAAGCCUAUACCAUCUCAACCACCAAUAGGAAAAAAGAUACAGACACAGACAACACUUAAGGCGGCGUAACGCAAAAAAACAAGAAUCGAUCAAGCAGAUGUGGUCCUUAGGAAUUUUGAUGAAGAAAACAAUACAGAAGGACAAUACACACCAUUCCUUCUAGAGUAAACUGUGGCAUAUUGGCCCCACCCAAUCGUUAUCUCCUUCAAAUGAAACUUCUAGCAAACGUGGUGUGUUAUCGUGUGCUGCUGCAGUAGUAGGACACCUGUAUGUAUGUAUGUAUGUGUAGCGUAUGUAUGGAUGUAUGUAUGUGUGUGUAGUAAGGACUACCAAAAAAAAAAGCAUGGAAAAAAGGAAAAGCGAUCAAGGAAAGUAAAAGUCAGCUAUGUUAACAUGGCACAAGUUUGGUGGGAAAAAGAAAAGAUUUUGGUUUAAGUGCGCGAGAAGAGGACAACACACAAAUGUGUACGUUACGAGUCGACUAAGUAUAACAAUUUGUUUUUAAUUUUAACGAACUGUGAUGUAAAAAACAUAUUUAUUUAUAUUUAAACAAUCUACGGACACUACUACACUACUAUGCCGCGCUAAUAGUUGUGCUCGCCCCGUUUGCAACAGCGAUGCAUCGGCGCGCAGAGAUGCAACAGGGAACUCGCAGCUAUUACUAAGAGUCUCCGGCGGAAGCGUCCGGGGUCAAGUAAAGAGGGCGCAAAUAUAUGUACAUUGUCGGCCCUUUCGCAUGUAACCAAAGCGUGCUAAUGGAAUUGCCCCCCUUUUUUCAACAGAGGUCCCCUAAAUGUGAAGCAUGGCAGACGAAGAAACAAAUUUACUGGGAAAUAAAACCAUAAACCUGACAUAAGAACUAACUGAUCGUACCAGCAAGCAGGCAAAAGGAACAGCAUAUGUGGUGUGUCCUACGUUUCUUGUACGAUUGUAAGCUAAUAUACUGAAAGCCAAUUGCGUUAAACGGAAAGAAGGAAACAAGCUAACACUUCCUGCAGGCAAACAAGAGCCACAUACACACACAAAAACGCGUAACCCUUCCUGAUCAUACGAAUAAAUAACCCAUGUGUAUAGUUGUAACUGUGUAAUACUUCCCCCACCCGCCAGUAAAAGGUUCGUAUCGACGGGGCAGAAAGGAUGAAACGAAAUAAAUCAAGCACCGUAUAAUAAAAGUUAAGAAGGAAUGAAAAGCUAAAACACACUUUCGCUCUGAAAAAUGUAAAGAAAAAACUACAAAAUAGCACACAAAACAAACCGGAGUCCGCCCGUCCUUCAUCAGCGUUCAAUUUGUGCGUAUAAGUGGAAUGGAAUGGUUUGAAAGAGUCGAGCCUCGUCCCUUGAACGAAUUACUGUUUCUCUUGCGUGCGAGAAAAGAGUCUUCUAGUGUUCCUAGCUAAAGUCAGGAAUUGAAGGAAUACAUAUUUGCCCCCAAAAUGAGACAAUAGAGAAAAAUUGCUUCCUGUAUAAACGUAAAUUGAUUUCUUGUCGCUACCAGAAGCAUUGGAACGAUUUCAAGAAGUGAGGCAAGAUGUCUUUGCAAAUGAUUUGUUUUUUUUUUGGCAUUGAUUUUAUGUUUUCCUUCCCGGAAAAUGCAAGUAGAAUAUAUCCAAUCAGUCACAAAUCGUCUAAAAAGAGAAGCUACGAAACCAUCUUAAAUAUUAGAUCAAAUCAAAAGCAAAUUGCAUACCUGGCGUAACAGUAGAAGGUAAGAGUCUUUUGAUGCAACUAAAUUAAAAAACUAGAACAAAACAAACAAGAUAAAAUAUCUCAUCCUCUAGGAAACGACCUAAUGUAAACAGAAAUAAUAAAAGAAACAUAACAAACAUGUCAAAGAAAAACAUUACAUCACCAACAGAGCGGAAGAAACAUUGUGAAACGAAUAAGAAAAAAAAACAAAACCACAUACACCCAUACAACAGAAAACAGGUAUCAUAUUGUGCAACAAGAGAGGGGACAUUUAUUACCGUUUGGCCACUAUAUUUGCCACACUGGUGGAUGCGAUGAAGAAUGCGGGAUGGCACUAGAAAUAAAACAAACAUAAGGGCACUAAUGCCUACGAAGAACGUAGCUAGUGAAGGGGAGGUAAAACAGCAUUAAACAAAAAAGAGAAUAAAAUAUAGUUCUUUCGAAUAAAAAAAUGGAACAAAAAUAUA